GGACGAUUGAUUAAGUGAAGCAUUCAUUGUGACAAGAUACAAUUCUAGUUGAAGGCGUAGCUCGGAUUUCAGUACCAUUGUCAAGGGUUAUCAGCCAGUGCUAUCAUUCCAAGGAUACCAAUUAGUACUCUAGUGCCAGCCAGUGCCAAUCAUUUAGAGGAGUAAGACCAGUCAUCAAAGAAUACCAGUACCAUUAAUAUCAGCCAGUACCAUUAAUACCAGCCAGUACCAUUAAUACCAGCCAGUACCAUUUCUCAGGCACUACGUUCAUCUUUACUAGCCAGUACUAUCAUAAGAGGACCAACCACCACUCAAGGAUACUAGCCAGUACGUUCAUCCUAAUAACGCAAGCCAGUAUCUCAUCCUAGCAAUAACCCCACAUCCACUAUGGUCUUUGGAAUCUUCUCCAAAGGAUUCGACCCGGAGUCCUUCGAAAAGGACUUGACAGGCAUAACCGAUAACAUCUCCCACACCCAGCAACAAAUCGCUGGACUCCAGUCCCGCUCCAAGAAGCUCCUGAGUGCCUUGGUGCGCUAUUUGGUUCUCGGAUACAUCAUUCUCAACAUCUACAACUACAGCCAGGUGCCCCGCGGGGUGGUGGGACUGAACAAGAUUCAAAUCUACUUGAAGGGCCAGUCUGGACGCCAAUUGAUCUUCUUAGGCCUUUACCCUGUGGUGGGCUACGGAUUGGUCCGGUUGAUCCAAUGGGUGUUCGGGGUCGUGGUCAAUAACCGUACCAACAGAUUGAGAGCCUUGCGCAAGAAGCACACUGCCAAAAUUGACGAGUUGAAGAAAAUCACCAACUUCAACACCACCAACCGUUUGUUGACAAAAUAUGGUAAUGAGGACGAAAAGAAGAAGGAUAAGCCGCUCCAGCCCGCCUCCAACAAGCCCGUGGCCAAACCCCCUGCCACAGUGAACAACUUAAAUGCCAGGCAACAGGAGGAGAUUGCCAAGUUGAACUUGUCCAAGCCCGAGACUAUUGCCCAAAACCGUCCAGGUAACAUAGGGCCCAAAGGAACUGGAAUUUCUAUCGACAACAAGAAGCCUCGGACAGUUCAGGACCGUCUUCUCGAUCUUCUUAUUGGCUCUGACAAUAGCGAAUCCGUAGAGAGCAGGUUUGCAUUGAUAUGCAUGAAUUGCUACUCACACAAUGGAUUGGCACCACCUAACUGUGCGGACCCAUCGCAAGUCAAGUAUGCCUGCUGGAAAUGUGGGGUCAUGAACGGAGCCAGUGCCUGGGAUAAGGAAUUGAACGAGCUUAAGGAGGCAUUGCCAGUCGAGCAAGGAGACAGCAAGGCGGUGACGCCAGAGCCUGUUGCCAAUGAUGAACAAAUUGAGCCCGAAACAGUGGAGAUAGUGCCCUCAAGCACCAGUGCCACCUCUACUAGCACUGGCGUUGAACGUUAGAUCCCGCGCGUUGGGAAUGAGUAGCGUGGCCAAUGUUCUCAAGUAGUGAAGUAUUUGCAAGAAUGUAGUAUUCAUUCCAAGCACUUGCAUGACACAGAACGUUAAUAUAAACAUGGGAAAGGUCGUUCAAAAGCUCUUCAUAGAUAGAACAUAAUAGUUAGCAAACUAAAUAGCAAUUGCAGUUACCAGUCGUUCAUAAUACAGGGGUUGUUAGACACUGCGAAGGUGU